AUGGUGGAUGACUCUGCACGCGCUCGACUGGACUACCUAUGGGCCACUACAGUGGCUGAUAACGAUUGGGCGUUCCACACGUCCAAGUCGCCAGCCGUGCAGAACUUCGUGGAUGCGGCUGUUGCCUUCGGGAAACAAUACACCCUCCCAUCCCCCUUCAGGGUUUCUGGUGUUUUGCUUCAAAAACUGGUAGCGGAUACCGAGGACCUUGUAAGGCCCCUGAAGGAGAGUUGGAACACUAGCGGCUGCACCAUCUCCGUGGACGGCUGGACCUGCAUGAAGAGCCGUGGACUCGUGUGUGUCAUAGCCCACAAUGACACCGCGCCUGUCAUCGUGAAGACCGUGGACUCCAAGACCGCGAAGAAGACGGGGGAGUACUUGGCCGGCCUCAUCCAGACCUCAAUCGCCGAGGUUGGAGACAAGAAGGUGGUGCAGGUGGUCAUGGACAAUGCGUCCAACAUCCGUAGGGCGGCCGACAUCCUCCGGGACGGUUUUCCUGCAGUGUUUUUCAACAACUGUGCGGCGCACGUCCUGGACCUGAUGCUCCACGACAUCGGGAGGGUCCGUGUUGUGCGGCGAGUGCUCAACCAGGUGCACAGGGUGGUUAUGAUCGUCAAGGGAAGCGCGUCUGCCGUCACGCUCUUCCACGAGUUGUUUAGCACUUUGUCCUUGGUGCGGCCCGGUGCAACACGCUUCGGCACGCAGGUUAUCAUGCUUGCCCGCUUCCUGGAGGUAAAGAAAGCGCUCAAGGAGAUGAUCAUCAGUGAGGAGUGGGAGUCGGUGGCGGUGGCGCGGUCUGAGGAGGGGCGAGCUGUCCGCCAGCUCCUCUUGGAUGAGGUCUUUUGGGAGUGCGCGACAGCGGUCCUCCGCCUCAUGACACCCGUGUAUGAAGUGCUGCGGGUGGUUGACACCCGUGCUCUAGUCAUGGGCCGGAUCUAUGGCCUCAUGCUAGAUGCCACGGUGAAGACAAACAAUGCGGCAGAGGCGGCAGCCAAAAUGAUGAUGAAACGCACCGCUCUCUUGCCGGCCAAAGACAAGCCGGCCUUUCUGGCCGCCAUCAAGGCUAUCAUAGCAAGGAGGUGGGACGCCCAGCUCCACAAUCCACUCCAUGCUAUGGGGUGGCUUCUGAACCCGCGCAAUCAGUACGGCAAAGAGGUGAAGAACGAUCCCGAGGUAAGGCUUGGGGCGGAAGCGGUGAUCCAGGCCCGUGGGGGAGACGUCGCACAACGCGCGCUACUGUUGGCGCAGUUUCAUAAAGGAGAGGGGCUGAUAGGGUCCGAUGAUGCCCGUUGGGCAGCAACGGUGUUGGUGGCGAGUGGGCGCUUGACGGAGGCAGAGUGGUGGCUGAUGUAUGGGGGGGAAUUGCGAGCGCUCAUGGGGAUGGCUGUGACGGUGCUGUCACAGCCAGUCACGUCUUCUGAGGUCGAACGCUACUGGUCCGCCAUUGCACGGGUGCAGAGGCGGGACCGUAACCGCCUCAGUGCCAACAAGAUGAUGGACGUGACUGAGGUGGCGUUCGCCAGGAGGGCCAGGGAUGCUUUCGAUAGGAAAUCACGGCAGAGGGAGAAGCUUUAUGCCGAUCUGGCCAACGGCACCCUCCAGCAAGGGAGUGCCGUGGAACCGGCAGCAGCAGAGGAAGAGGAAGUGGGGGACGACGAGGAGGAGGGAGAGGGGAAUGAGCAGCUAUGCACCAUUGAUUGGGACCUAUUCGGGAACAUUGGGAAGCGGAAGAAGAAGGGGCCAAAGACCGCUAAAAAGAAGAGAAACGGGAAGGCCAAGAAGCCUACCAAGGGAAAGAGGAAGGCAACAUCUGUGCGAGAGGAAGAGGGUGAGGAGGAGGAGGCGGCGGAUAGCAGUGGAGGGGAGGAGGAGAACGUGCCUACCAAGGCUCGAAAUGGCGCGGAUCCUUGGGACAUUAGUGACGGGUCUAGUGGGGAGGAAGAGGAGGAGGCGGAUGAGGAUGAGGAGGAGGAGGAGGAGGAGGAGGAGGAGGAGGAGGAGGAGGAGGAGGAGGAGGAGGAGGAGGAGGAGGAGGAGGAGGAGGAGGAGGAGGAGGAGGAGGAGGAUGAGUAG